AUGGCCUUUCUGUUUAAAUCGAAGAAGAAUCAGCAGAGUCAGCAGUCGGCUGCACUCCCCCCGGCAACUAGAAAUGUCCACACCUCCGAGGGUGCUCCAUCCACUGGAUCGCCUACCAUGGCGAAUGGGGGGGUGAAAGGGGAUGCCACGACUUCCCAGACGCCAACCCCAAGCGGUAGCUUCAGCAACUCUCUACACUCAGCCACAAGCCCCACGAGUCCAGACGCAGUACGGCCGCGGCAGAGAGCGGAAUCGGAAUCCCAGGUGGAUGCAAAGACCUCAGCAACUACCCAACGGUAUCCCCCUCCAAGCCCCAGUUCAUCCCUUUACCCAUGGUCGCAACGCCGUUUGAACUUUUCUUCCCCCCAAACGAACCCGUUUCCUCGCUAUGGAGCAGCAAUCAAUUCGGUGGCAUCCAAGGAAGGAGACAUAUAUAUGAUGGGAGGCCUGAUUGAUGGAUCAACCGUCAAGGGUGAUUUAUGGAUGAUUGAAAGCAGUGGUGGUGGCUUGAACUGCCUGCAGGUUGCAACAGUAUCCGAAGGCCCUGGCCCGCGAGUCGGCCAUGCCAGUUUGCUCGUCGGCAAUGCGUUCAUUGUAUUUGGCGGUGAUACCAAAAUCGACGAGAAUGACUCUCUGGACGACACUCUGUAUCUUUUAAACACAUCUUCCCGCCAAUGGUCCCGCGCUAUCCCUCCCGGCUCUCGACCUUCCGGGCGUUACGGUCACACUUUGAACAUCCUAGGCUCCAAACUCUACGUUUUCGGAGGGCAGGUGGAGGGCUUCUUCUUCAAUGACUUGAUUGCAUUCGACUUGAACCAGCUUCAAAACCCAGCAAAUAAAUGGGAGGUUUUGAUCCCCAACAGUCACGAAGGUGGACCCCCACCAGGCCAAAUUCCUCCAGCGAGAACAAACCACACCAUUGUCAGUUUCAACGAAAAACUAUUCCUGUUUGGAGGUACGAAUGGAGUGCAGUGGUUCAAUGAUGUCUGGUCUUAUGACUACAUUGCCAACAGCUGGACCGAAAUUGAUUGCGUUGGUUUUAUCCCGGCUCCUAGGGAGGGCCAUGCCUCUGCUUUGGUCAACGAUGUGAUGUAUGUGUUCGGAGGUCGCACGGAUGAAGGGGUGGACCUGGGAGACCUGUCAGCCUUCCGCAUCUCAACUCGACGUUGGUACUCCUUCCAAAACAUGGGCCCUGCCCCGUCCCCACGAUCUGGUCACAGCAUGACCGCUUUUGGUAAGCAGAUUAUUGUUAUGGCGGGUGAACCGAGCUCGGCUCCUAGGGACCCCGCGGAGCUUAGCAUGUCCUACAUCCUCGAUACUAGCAAGAUCCGGUACCCCAAUGAUUCGCAAGCUGGGGGACGCGUUCCCGAGCCAGCGACCAGAAAGACAAGUGUUGAUAAACCAGGUAUCUCGUCUGGGCGCUCGUCUCGGGAGGCACAAAACGCAGGCCCAGAGCAGCAAAUGCGACGGGGACCGGCGCCAUCGCGUGAGAGCAUGAUACAGGGUACCGCUGCUAAUAGGCCUGUGGAGUUCGGCUCUAAUCCAAAUUUGGGACCUGGAUCUAGACUGCCACGGGCAUCAAUUGCCCAAGCCCCUGCCGGUCCACCGCCUCCUGGACAAGCACCCUCUCCUGGCCCUCGUGGCAAUGGCCCUCCAGCCGGUGCGAACCCUCGUAGCAAGACGCCGACCAAGAAUGAUCGCGGGCACACGCCAACUGCCGACAUUCGUGUUACAAACGACGAGCAUGGCGAAGAAUCACCAAUCAUGAAGGAAGGCCCACAAGAUUCCCAGGGACCUCCAUCAGCUGGUCGCCGAACUCCAACACAGCAUCAAAAGCCAUCAGCCAAGGCCAUGGAAGCAGGCGAGGCAGCUCCGUUGAUCACGCCAGGCCGACAACGGUCGAUCCGUUCUCAUCGACAGCGUGGGUCGGUUGACAGCGGGGAGGAAUCAAUCCUCGGUCGGCAGGCUAGCAUCGAGGGUUCAAUGGAAUCUCGAAGCUUCCGCAACUCGAAGACACUUGGUGAUGAGCCACGGUCUCCUCGACUGACGCCCCACCAAGAGGCGUUGAUAAAAGAGUUGGAGGUUACCAAAGCCCGAAAUGCCUGGUAUGCCUCGGAACUCGCACUAGCAAGAAAAUGCGGCUAUGUCCCCAAUGCAACCAGUAGCCCCGCGCUAGACGACCGGGCCAAUGAGGCCUUGAGCGAUGAGGAUCGCCCGCUGGUUGAGGCAUUCUUAGCUAUGAGAGCAGACCUCAGCAAGAUGCAAGCCACUGUGGAUCGACAGGCGGCAAUCGCAUCUAAACGGGUUGCUGAAGUGGAACAUCAACGCGACAUGGCUAUCAAUGAAGCUGCUUAUUCCCGGGCCAAGCUUGCUGCCCAUAGUGGUAGUCAGCGGGGAACCCCUCAGCCUGAUGCUUCUCGAGAUGGAGAUGACGAGCGACCUACUGACAUGGGACGUCGCCUUGCCCUUGCUUUGGCCUCCCUGUCUGAGUUGAAAGCUAAAUUAGAUGUGCAGGCCACCGAGCUUUCGCAGGAGCGUCAAGCCAAGGAACUUGCGGAAGAGACAAAUGAGGCAACCAGGAAACACCUGGCAGAGCUUGAGAUGCAAAGCAAUACUCUGGAAGCCGAAAAUUUGCGCGCUGAGCUUCACCAAGCAGAGGCCCUGGCCAGAGAAGAGGCCUUCUUGCGUGCAGAAGCCGAGGCCUCGCUUCAACAACUCAUCCUAGACAAAGAAGAGUUGUUAGCACAGAUUGAGGAUUCCUCGACUCGCCUGAAGGACUUUGAUUCUAGCUUUGGUGGUCUCCGAGAAGCUGUUUCUGCCUCCACCGCGAAGACAGCCCUCGUCGAGAAGCAAUUCCAAGAGGAGCGAGAGCGUCGCGAGGGUCUGGAGAGAAAGCUUCUGCAGCUCCGAUCGGACCACGAAGAACGCACUACUGAAGUGGAAAACCUUACUCGUCGGCUUCGAGAUGCAGAGGAGUUGGCAGAAAUCCACGCCAAGGAAGCCGAGACUCACAAGAUUGCCUUCGUGUCUGGGCUGGAACGCGCAUCUUCUACAGAUUUGGAUAAUUCAUUCCGGUCUCGUGCUGACCAGCGAGUCGCUGCUUUGGAGGCCCAGAUCGAGCGGUCCACCACUCUAGCUAAGGCAAACCAGGCAGCUGCGAACGCAGCCUCGGACAAGCUCCGGCGUGCAGAGGAACGGAUUGCUGGUCUUGAGGCAUACCAGGAGCAGGCCAGCCGUGAAGGCUUGCAAUUGCGCAGACAGCUUCAGACUGCCAUGAAAGAAAGCCAAUUGGCCGCCACAAAUAAUCGGGACUUGAAGACACAACUUGAGACUCACCAGCGAGAGGCUGGAGCUUUGGCAGUUCAGCACGCCGCUUUGAAGGAUCUUCUUGGUGAGCGUGGAAUCAACAGCGACACCCGGCGGUCCCCACGGCUUGACUCCCCCGGAUCACGAUUCGGCACUCCGGAGCAAAGCCGACUACGUGAGCUUGAGCAACAACUCUCGGCUAGCAUCAAGGCCCAUGACGACCUGAAGAACGGCUUCGAAAGUCGUGAGCAGGAAGCCGACCGAGCUUUCCGAGAGAAACUUGAGCAGCUUGAGAAUGAUUACCAGUCAGCAGUUCAUUACGUGAAAGGCACCGAGAAGAUGUUGAAGCGUAUGAAAGAUGAACUGAGUCGGUAUAAGACUCAGAAUGCUAAAAUGCAAUCUGAAUUGGAUGUGGCUCAGAAGAGCCUUGAGAAUUCAGACAGCCAGACAUCUGGAUCUUCCGCUGAGUGGGAUGCUGAGCGGUCCCGUCUCGAGCUGUCGAUGUCCGAUCUUCAAGAUCGAACUUCAUCCUCUAUUUCCAGCCUUGAAGGCCAGAUCACGCAGCUCAAGCAAGAUCUCGAUCAGGCUACGGCUGAGAAACAGUUGUCGCAAAGUGAACACGAGCGUCUUAAGCAAGAUAUACUCGCUGCCGCUGAGAAAAGUCGUACCGAGCUGGACCAGCUCAAGCAAGAAAAUUCCCACCUUGAAACUCGUGCUUCGGAUGCCGAGCGUAAGGUCAACAUGCUUCUAGAACAGGUUCAAACAUCAGUUGGUCACUAUCGCCGUCAAUCUCACCAUGGUCAAGGUACCAAUGGAAUCUCCCGCACACACAGCAACGCCUCUAGCAACACAAUCAGCGGAGGCAAUGGGCGGGCACGAGCUGAUAGCAAUGUCUCGGAGGACUCUGCUUUCCCUGACAACCGUGGUUCUAUGGCUCUGGACUCACUUGCCAACGAGUUGGACGCCUUGCGUACUCACUGGGAAAGCACCAACCGCAAUUACCGUCUGAGCAGCCAGCUGGAUCUGGAGCGGACUCCCACCAAGGAUAAUAGUGAGGGCCCCGCACUGAUGAGUGAUAGCUUGGCAGAAUGGAGGAGGAGACUGGACAAUGAUGACCGGGCUGGGUUUGAUGUGCAAACCAAGCCAUUGAACACUGAAGCUGCACACCCCGAACACUCUAACGUGAUCUAA